AACCCGGGAUGGUCGAAUUGCAUGAAAAUCAGGUGAAGAUAAUAAAAGAAAAAGAAAAAUCUCAGUAAAAUUACUUUUUAAUGUUUCUGAUUGUUGGUUAUAUGCACUAGCUUGUAGUGUUUGGCUAAAACAAAUGGUUAUUUAAUUAUUUUACAAUAAAAUGAAAAGACAAAGAGUAAACAGUGUCAAAAAUCGUGUUUACGUGGAAUCUGAUUUUGGAGCUGUGGACUUGGAUAUUCCGAUGAGAACAUCAAAACCAGAUUCUUCAGAUAGAUUAAUAGAAGCUCAAAUAGUGCCCGGAGAUACUUUGCAAGCUAUCGCACUACGUUUUAAUUGUACGAUUGCUGAAUUGAAGAAGAUUAAUAAAAUAGAUAAAGACAAUGAAAUAUUUGCUCGUCGAGUAAUAAGAGUGCCGAUUACACCUCAUUCAAUUCUGCUAGAUACGCUGCCAAAAGUGCACAGCAGUGGAAACAGUAGUCCAAAGAAUUCACCAAGUAACGUUCAAAAUCCAGCAACGAUACUAGGAAAGCAAACUAAUCUUGAUGAAAAGUUGAUAGUGGCAGCUGUUAGUAGUGCUUCUUAUAAAAAUGAUUCGGGUUACCGUGAACCUAAUUUUGAAUUUGUUGAAAACUCUAUGGAGGAUACAAACAAAGCGUGUACAGAUACAUCGUUUUGUUUAAGACAACCUUUGUUAUCUGGGGAGUACGAUGACGGUUUACCGCAACCUCGUCCUUUACGGUUACCAACGAACGAUUUUUCUUGUAACGGAUCAGACUGUGAUAUUUCGUGGAUUUGUCUGCUUGUAUGCAUACUUGCACUUUGUUUUGCAAUUCCACUGAUAUACGUGAUUUACGUAGCAGAACACAUUGAAAAAUAUCAUCACGAUAGUUCUAACAACGAAACAAGUUAUCACAGUACAUAAUUCGAAAUGUAAGUCGGGCAUGAUUUGUAUUGUGAAUUUGAAAAACAUGGAACUGUUCCACGAAAGAUGCUUUAGUAAAUUCAAGUAAAAGGUAACAAAAUCUACCAACAAAGUAAGAAUGAGCAGAUUACUAGAAAUUUACAGAAACCUUCCGUAAUAUUUUUCGCGCUUAUAUACAACAUAACAUAAAAUGUAGGAACUUUUACACUAAUUCUAUUGAGAGUAUCUGUUCUGUGGAACAUUUCCGUACUAUAUGCAGAUAAAAUUCAGCGAUAAGUUCACAUUCAAUUAUUUAUUUCACGAUUUUCGAAGAUAUAGUAACAGUGAAAUUUUCAACAAUGUUUAUUUGAAACAAAACCCUUUCUAUUCUAUAUCUUGGUUCAAACGUAUCUAAUUUCAGUUUGAGUAUGUUGAAUACAAAACUAAUUAAUUUAAUUUAAUUGGUAACAAAUCAUUUUGUUGACUUAAACAAGCUAGGCUUCUCUUUGUUUAAUGACAAUAUAUAUUCUUCAAAGUUUCGAACUGCAAGUAUGAUAAAAUAUCUGCUGACCUCGUACUAGGUAGCAUAUGAAAAUAGUGAUAGACCCCUAAUCAUGCCAAUAGCAAAUACUUUGAAUAUAUUUGAUCGCGCAUGAUUCAAAUGAUUAUUAGAUUUGUAUAUAAACAUUAUACAUCAUUACCAACUAGGUUAUAUUAAUAUUACUAGUGCCUUUUACACUGUUAUUACUGAAUAAAGAAUAUGAUUGUUGUACAUUAGGUAAUCUCCUUAGUUAUAGACCUGACCAGAAGUAUGUAUGAAUCGAAUAAGUCGUUCGGAUAGUGCAAAAACUUCUAGUACAUAACUCUAAAUUUCUAAUUCCAAUGCGAAAGACCUUACAAAAAUUUACUGUGUAAGUUCCGAAAGUAUUUAUCUGCGGCGCCUAAGUCCGAGCUUUGUUCUAGGUGCUUCAAAAGUCUUUAUCCAUUGGUUUAUAUAUGCUUUAAUAAGUCAUUUUUGUUUAGUGUUAUGAAAUCGUUAACCGUUUUGGAAUCAUUGCUGACUGCUGAUAUUUACGACAGGGAGGCGCAAUCUCUUGAAAAUACUUUCCACUUCUUUUGGCUUGUACCUAUUUAUAGGCAGUCCAAAUUUUGGCUUCUUGUAUUCGAGUAUUUUCAGGAUGGGUUUGACAAGCUGGUUUUAAAACUAAUAUAUUAAAUUCUAACAUUAGCUUUAACUACUAGAUAUCACAUAUAAGUCGGUUUUUCGUUGUUGGGCAUAAGAAAUACCACUUUUUUUUUGCUAGGACCCAUGUUGAUUUAAAAUUGUAAGUAAACUACCCAACGAACUUGUCAAUGAAAAUAAGGUUUUGCAGUAACAUAACAUGCCAUAACCUCAUAAAAAUUAACUAAUUUUGACAGCUAUUAGGUUUUUGACCGUAACUACUAACCUCAAUCGGAUGAACACAUUUUGACAUUUCAGCGGUACUGUUUGAAAACAGAUUUUGUUUUGUUUGUCUGUCGACAAACGGAUGAGACCGUUCACGGCUCAUAUGUCCUAUAUAGAGUUUAAAAACAUUUGUUAAUGAUUCGAUACGGUUCGUUUCAAAGAUUCAUUGAAUAAAAGUGGCUAGUUGUGAAGUGUAAAGAUGAUUGUUUGAGAUAUGUUCCUGGAUUUUGUUUAAGCUUGUUUGUAAACAGUACCGCUGAACUGUCAAGGAUGAAUUUUUGUUGAUUUGUGACGUCACGAUACGAAAUAUAAUAGAGGUUUAAAA